AUGACUAGUCCAAAUAGGCCUUCACCAACAUCCGUUAGACCUUCAAAUCCACCAAAUCCACAAAAUGCAUUGGUGAAUUCCAAUAGAUCGCCAACACCUAGUCGACCACCUAAUACUAUUCGAACUUCUUUAGUACAUAAUCAAAAUAAUAAUCAAAGUAAUCAAAAUAGUCAAAAUAGCAAUGUACCUCCUCUUCCUUGUCCGCAACCUCCUAGACCUAUAGCUCCUAAUUUAGUUGUUCGUCCACCACGUCCACCGGCAGGACGUUUUCCUGUGCGAAACAUGUCACAAACUGCUUCACAACCUCAACUAACCCUUAAGGCUGAAUUUAUUAUUACCCCUUCUUCACUAGUUGGAAGGAAGAAAAUAAAUAUUAUGAGACUAAAAAUAGCAGCACCUAUUAAUAAUAAACCUACUUCCGAGGUUGCUUUAACUGCUAUUGCACCUUACGCUGGUGCAAGGCAAAAUAAAAAAAAUCUAUUUAAAAAGAAGACAACACAAGUCUUCCUUGCUGAUCCUAAAACUCGCGAAUUAAAGGCUGAAGAGCAUAUCCCUUGGGUACUCGAAGAUUUUGGGGGAGAAAAUGUUUUUGUAGGAAGUUAUAUUGGAGGUGAUACCGCUAAAUAUUGUGUAUUUCUUAAACAGAUGGCCCGUGCUAAAAAAAUGGAAAGUGAUCGUUGGAUGAUGAGAAAAUUUGGUAAAACAACAGAAGCAGAAGAUAUUGCCACUGAAGAAGGUGGAAUCUAUGAUCCAAAAUCUAGUAUAAAAACCGUUGAAAACGAAGAAGAUUUAUUUGGUUCCGAUGAAGAGCAUCGUCCAUCCCGUGAAGGGUUUGAUGAAGAGAUGGAUUACGAUGAAAUAUUCGAAGAUGAUGAAGAGGAUCUUCCGGAUGAUGCAAAUCCUCUAAUAGAUGAUGAAACAAAAGAAGUGGGAAAACUCAAGGCCAAAGUUAAACAUCCUUUCGAGCUUAACAAUCAAUCAUCAGAUGAAGAAGAAAAGUUAACUUCAGAAGGAAAACAAAUGAAAAAAUUAAUUCGUACACAUGACGAUAAUGAUGCAUAUGAAAGUGAUCGUGAAUCAAACCCUUAUGUCACCGAAAGUGAUGCAACUGAUUCUGAAGAUACUUCCUCAAUUUCAAAACAAUCAUCUACUACUGGGCCAUCAUCUAAUAAAGCUUCACCAGUAAUGAAAACUGAGAAAAUUUCAGAAAAAGGAAAAUCAACUUCUAAAUCUAAAGUUAUCAAAGCGGCGCCACCGAAAAAUAAGGCACCCGCAAAUGUUAAACCCAAAGUUAUAGUUGAAAAGCCUAAACCAAAAUCUAAGCAAAAACAAGUUGCCCCUAAAACUGUUCCUUCUAAUAAGGUCAAGAUACCUGAAAAAAGGGCAUUAUCUUCUGAUUCAACUUUAUCAGAAAUAGAAAACUCCUCAUCAAGCAAGAAACGUUCACGAUCAUCAAAUGUACAAAAACCUACUCCUGUUACCACACCUACACCUGCUCGAUCUGCCAACACUUCACCUAGUUCACCAACAUCACCUGAAGACGGUGGACCUUCGAAAAAGCAAAAAAUUUCAAAGGCAUCAUCAAUUGCAAGGCAGCCUGGAUCCUCAAGUGCACCUUCCGGUUCCAAUUUAAUAACGGAAAGGGAGAUCAAAGAUUUAAUUCUUACUAAAAGUGUUAAAGUUAAUGAUUUGAUACGCACGUUUAAAAAUAGAAUCAAAGAAGACUCCAGAAAUAGGGAUCGUCUUCUUUCUAUCACAAAGGAAAUUGCG